AUGGACAACCUUGCCCAUCACGCCAAUGCUCACCAAAGAUUGAUGGAUGAUAUUCAUCAUCAUCAUCAACAACAACACGGACAACAACACUGUCCACCACCACCACAACAACAACACCCACACAAAUUCUUCCCUCCUCCACCUCACAUUCAACAACGUGCUUGGAUUCAAUCCUAUGAACAAUACCUCGGAAUGUAUCGUGAGAGUAUUGAGAAGCCUCAUUCCUUUUGGGGUAAAAUUGCCUCAGAGAAUUAUUAUUGGAAAGAGAAGAGAUUUUCAUUGGAUGAUCCAAAGUCAAUUCUUGAUUUUAAUAUGGAUGUCAGUAAGGGACCUAUUCGUAUUGAAUGGUUCAAGGAUUCCUUAACCAACAUUUGUUACAAUGCACUGGAUCGACAUGUUUUGAAUGGACAUGGUGAUCGUGUUGCCUUCUACUUUGAAGGAAAUGAUAUCCAUGAUGAAUUAACUCGUACAGUCACUUACAAACAAUUAUUAGAACAAGUUUCUAAAUUUGCCAAUGUUUUGAAAAAGUUAGGAGUGAAGAAGGGUGAUUGUGUUGCCAUGUACAUGCCAAUGGUUAUGGAAUUAAUUGUUGCCGUAUUGGCUUGUGCUCGAAUUGGCGCCAUUCAUUCCGUAGUUUUUGGUGGUUUCAGUGCCGAGGCUCUUUCUCAACGCUUAAUGGACUCUCAUGCCAAAGUCAUUGUGACUGCUGAUUUUGGUAUUCGAGGAGACAAGUUCAUUCAUUUGAAACAAUCAGUGGAUGAAGCCAUUGAUCAUCACUGUUCCGAACAUGGAUUUUCAUGUGAGAAGGUCAUUGUCGUGAAUCGAAUCAAGAAUGUCAAGGUGAGCCAAACCCAAACUCAAUGGAAUACCCCAACUACUACUCCAACUGCUACUACUCAAACUGCUACUCAAACUCAAAAUACCCAAACUCAAACUCAAAAUACCCAAACCCAAACCCAAACUCCAACUCCUAACCAAUCACCUCUUGAAAUUCAAUGGCACUCUCAUCGUGAUGUUUGGUAUCAUGAUUUGAUGAAUCAGUGUCAACAAGAAUGUCCAGUCGAAUGGGUUCGAGGUGAAGAUCCACUCUUCAUGCUCUACACGAGUGGAAGUACAGGCAAACCCAAAGGACUCAUUCACACCACUGCAGGUUAUAUGGUCUAUACAAGUACAACCUUUAAAUAUGUAUUUGAUUAUCAUGAAGGAGAUGUUUAUUGGUGUGGAGCUGAUAUUGGAUGGAUUACAGGACAUUCCUAUGUGGUGUAUGGUCCUUUAUUGUGUGGUGCUACAAGUGUGGUGUUUGAAGGAGUUCCAACCUAUCCAACUGCUUCACGUUGUUGGCAAAUUAUUGACAAGUAUCAAGUGAAUCAAUUUUAUAGUGCACCAACAUUGAUUCGAACUUUGAUGAAAAUGGGUGACGAUUAUGUCAAGAAUGGAUCCACACGUGAAUCUUUACGUAUUUUGGGAAGUGUUGGUGAACCUAUUAAUCCUGAAGCAUGGAUGUGGUAUCACAAUGUGGUUGGUAAUUCUAAAUGUGCCAUUGUAGAUACAUUUUGGCAAACAGAAUCAGGUGGACAUUUAAUUACACCACUCCCUGGAUGUAUUCCAACAAAACCUGGAAGUGCUACAUUACCAUUCUUUGGUGUUCAACCUGUGGUAUUGAAUACCAAUUGUAGUAAUAGUAGUAGCAGUAGCAAUGGAAGUGGUAAUCCAACCAAUGAUGAUAUGAAUCGUUUUGAACCUCCUACUCCUACCUUAAUGGUUCAACCCAUGGCUGCAACCAAUGAUACUGCAGCAAGUCCAUCUCUUCCAGGUGGUGCCACCUCUGCUUCUACCAACUCUUUGGAAUUACAAGGUGAAUGUGAAGGUUAUUUGGCUAUUAAAUAUCCAUGGCCAGGUAUUGCUCGUACCAUCUUUGGUGAUCAUGAAAGAUAUGAAAAGACAUACUUUGGUAUUGUCAAUGGUUAUUACAUGACUGGAGAUGGUUGUAAGAGAGACUCUGAUGGCUAUAUUUGGUUAACUGGUCGAGUGGAUGACGUACUGAAUGUGAGUGGACAUCGAUUGGGUACAGCUGAAUUGGAAUCAGCAUUUGUUGCUCAUCCAAGUGUUGCUGAAGCUGCUGUAGUACCAUGUCCACAUGAUAUUAAGGGCCAUGGUAUUUAUUGUUAUGUAGUGUUGAAAGAUCAUGUCAAUGUGAGUGACAAGAAAUAUUUGAGCGAAUUGUCUCAGACUUUGAAACAAUGGAUUAGACAUGAAAUUGGUCCUGUUGCUACUCCUGAUUAUAUUCACUUUGCAUUGAAGGGAUUACCAAAGACUCGUUCGGGUAAAAUUAUGAGAAGAAUUUUGAGAAAGAUUGCUGAAGGAAGUGAAUCAUCUUUGGGAGACGUUUCAACCUUGGCAGAUCCAUCUGUUGUUGAGGAUUUGAUUGCCACUCGUGUAUUGAAAUAA